GCGUCGGAGGAUCGGCCGCCGCGGAGCAGUCGCGUCUCCAUCUGGCCACCAAGCCGCCCAAGCUUCCCUCUCCGGCACCACCGCACCUUCCUCCCUCCCCCUCCGCCGCUCCUCUCCGUGCUCCCUCCCCGCCCCCGCCCCCAGUCUCCUCCUCUUUUUCUCACUACGAGCGGUUGCUGAUGCUGAAGCCGAGCGUCACUUCGGCUCCCACGGCAGACAUGGCGACAUUGACAGUGGUCCAGCCGCUGACUCUGGACAGAGAUGUUGCAAGAGCAAUUGAAUUACUGGAAAAACUACAGGAAUCUGGAGAAGUACCAGUGCACAAACUACAAUCCCUCAAAAAAGUGCUUCAGAGUGAGUUUUGUACAGCUAUUCGAGAGGUGUAUCAAUAUAUGCAUGAAACGAUAACUGUUAAUGGCUGUCCUGAAUUCCGUGCGAGGGCCACAGCAAAGGCAACAGUUGCAGCUUUUGCAGCUAGUGAAGGCCACUCCCACCCUCGGGUAGUCGAACUGCCAAAGACUGAUGAAGGCCUUGGUUUUAACGUGAUGGGAGGAAAGGAGCAAAAUUCCCCUAUUUAUAUCUCUCGCAUCAUUCCUGGAGGUGUGGCUGAAAGACACGGAGGCCUCAAAAGAGGAGACCAGCUGCUAUCAGUGAACGGAGUGAGUGUCGAAGGAGAACACCAUGAGAAAGCUGUGGAACUACUCAAGGCUGCUAAGGACAGCGUCAAGCUGGUGGUCCGAUAUACCCCAAAAGUCCUGGAAGAAAUGGAAGCUCGAUUUGAAAAGCUACGGACAGCCCGGCGUCGGCAGCAGCAGCAAUUGCUAAUUCAGCAGCAGCAACAGCAGCAGCAGCAACAAACACAGCAAAACCACAUGUCGUAGGCCCUUGAGGAAAAUCUACUUGAUCAAACAUCUGAUAGUCACAAAUUUGAAACCAUGCUUCAGAAUCCCAGCACAUAGUAAAAGGAAAAGACAACACGAAUAAUUAUACCUGUCAAGAAGCUGUGAACACAUGGUGUUUAAAUUCUUUACAAGGCAACUCGACACUUUCUUUCUCUGGGCUUGAACCCGCACUGCUCACGUGCUCUUUACACACAUAGACCUUCCAUUCGCUGCAGUGGGAAUUCUCAGUGUGUAGAGGGAGAGAUUUUCCAGUCUGCAGACUGAAACAGUAUGAGAAGAAUAAAGUCUGUGACUUUU